AUCCACCUCUGCAAACUUGCUAAAUAUCACAACCAAACAAAACCUUUUGGCUUUUGCAGUGUGUGAACGUAAUACAACCAAGAACCUUCUUUCCUUGUCUUUAUUCCGCUUUAAUUUUUCCGCAUUCAAUGACAAAAGCCGGUAGGUUUUAGUUGUGACUUGGCCGCUUCCAUUAAUUUCAACCCUCUCAACCUAAUCCUGUUAGAAAUUCUAUAUACAUAUCAAAUCAGUUCACGCUCAAUCUGCUUUCCCAUUUUCACCGAUGUUCAUUAAAAAAAAGUUUUGAUCAAUCCUUCCGCACCAUGCAUCUAAAGAGCCUCUGUUUCGUUUUACCCACAGAGUUUGACGAGCCCGAGAAAGCAGCCGCGAGCGGGCCUCCCACUCGCGGCUGCGGCGGCCUCGCCCUGGCCCACCUCCGCCGCUCGCUGCAGCGGUUCCUCCACUCUAAGUGGAUGCCCCCCUGCCACUGCCACCACGACGCGGAGGCGAAGAGGCCCAACCCCUUCGCCGCCGCGCCGCUGUUUGUGGACGCGGAGGGCGUCCAGAUUCAGGAGAAGGUCGGGGGCGAGAACCCCCGGAUAUUCAGCUACUCGGAGCUGUACGUCGGCAGCAACGGGUUCGACGCGGCCGAGGUCCUCGGCAGCGGAGGCUUCGGCCGCGUGUACCGCGCCACGCUGCCCAGCGACGGCAGCGUGGUGGCGGUCAAGUGCCUGACCGAGCGAGGGGAGCGGUUCGAGAAGACCUUCAUGGCGGAGCUGGUGGCCGUGGCGCACCUCCGCCACCGCAACCUGGUGCGCCUCCGCGGCUGGUGCAUCCACGACGAGCAGCUGCUCCUCGUCUACGACUACAUGCCCAACCGCAGCCUCGACCGAGUACUCUUCAAAAAACCCGAAAAAAACGGAGACUCCGCUCCCCUCAGCUGGGAAACAAGGAAGAAGAUCGUCAACGGAUUAGCAGCUGCUCUGUAUUACCUUCACGAGAAGCUGGAGACGCAGAUCAUCCACAGAGACGUCAAGGCCAGCAAUGUUAUGCUCGAUUCCAACUUCAACGCCCGCCUAGGCGACUUCGGCCUCGCCCGUUGGCUCGAGCACGACCUCGCCUACAAGCCCAAGACGCCGCCAAUUGUCAAGAAUCGCCAAUUUCGUCUAGUUGAAUCCACAAGAAUUGGCGGCACAAUAGGCUACCUCCCUCCAGAGAGCUUCCAGAAGAGAAGCACAGCCACAGCAAAGGCGGAUGUGUUCAGCUUCGGUAUCGUCGUGCUUGAGCUCGUCUCGGGGAGGCGAGCCGUUGAUCUAACGUACCCCGAUGAUCACAUCAUCCUCCUCGACUGGAUCAGACGCCUCUCCGAUGAGGAGAAGCUCGUGCAAGCCGGGGACAGCCGCCUCAGCGAUAGAUCAUCGAAACUCUCUGAAAUGGAGCUCUUGCUACGCCUCGGCCUUAUGUGCACUCUCCACGACCCGCAGUCGAGGCCGAGUAUGAAAUGGGUGGUGGAAGUCCUCUCCGGCAACAUAUACGGCAAGCUCCCCGAGCUUCCGUCGUUUCAGACGCAUCCGCUCUACAUCAGCCUAACCUCUUCGAGCAACACGAGUAACACGAGCAUGAGCAACACGGGGUCUCGGACGAGCAGCGCCACCACAACGGCAUUCUACUCGUCAGACUUCGUGACAGCGAAUGCAGAGACCAUAUACAUAACUGCAGAGUCCGACAGGAGCUCGAUCAAGACCUGUGGUGGUGGAAAUGGUAAAUGUUUCCCUCUGGUGGAGACUCCGAGAGUCUUCACCUACGAGGAGAUCGUCUCCGCCACUAACAACUUCUCAGACUCGAGGAGAGUGGCGGAGGUCGACUUCGGGACCGCGUACCGCGGAUUCCUGGAGGGGCAGCGCCACGUCAUAGUGAAGAGGCUGGGGAUGAAGACGUGCCCUGCAUUGCGGAUGAGGUUCGCUAACGAGUUCAAGAACAUGGGAAGGCUCCGCCACCGCAACCUCAUCCAGCUCCGCGGCUGGUGCACUGAGCAAGGCGAGAUGCUCGUCGUCUACGACUACUCUGCCAGCCGCCUCCUCAGCAACGUCCUCUUCCACCACGACGAUCGAAACCACUGGCAGUCGAAACUGCGAUGGAGACAGAGAUACAAUGUGAUUAAAUCGCUUGCUUCCGCUGUUUGCUACCUCCAUGAGGAGUGGGAUGAGCAGGUGAUCCACAGGAACAUCACUUCCUCUGCUAUAAUCCUAGACCAAGACAUGAACCCGAGGCUCGGGUCGUUCGCUCUGGCCGAGUUCUUGACUAGAAACGAGCACAGUCAUCAUGUGGUCAUCGAUAAGAAAAAGUCGGUUAGAGGUAUUUUCGGUUACUUGUCACCGGAAUAUGUGGAUUCGGGUGAAGCAACGACGAUGGCUGAUGUGUACAGCUUCGGGGUGGUGCUGCUGGAGGUCGUGACGGGACGUAUGGCGGUCGAUUUCAGUCAGCGUGAUGUGUUGUUAGUGAAACGAGUGCAUGAGUUUGAGAGACAGAAAAGGCCAUACAAGGACUUGGUGGAUUGGAGGCUGGAUGGGGAGUAUGAGGAUAGGGAAUUGGUGAGGUUGGUGAAAUUAGGGCUGGCGUGCACACGGUCGGAUCCGGAGAGGCGGCCGAGCAUGAGGCAGAUAGUGAGUAUACUUGAUGGUCAUGAUCAGUGGCUGGUGCAGACAUGCCCGAGGAAGGAAGGGAAGGAAGAAUGGAGACAGAGAAACGCCCCUUCAGUGUGUCUGAUUAGAAGAAUUCAAGCUCUUGGAGUGCAAUGAUCAUCUAUAUAUGUUUCUUCUUUCAUUUGUGUAAUUACAUAUGCUUUUGAGAUUAUGUUUUUUUGUUUUUCAGAGUGUGCCAGGUUUUGUAUAUUAAAAGAAAAACCACACAUUUAGUUAGUGAGAAAUGUUUCCAAUGUUACUAUUA